CCCAGGCAAGAAGGCGCGUGCACACAAACACGCACGCACAGACGGUAUUGACACAAGGCGGUCACGAUGCACGGAUCUCCCCACCGUGCGGGGACACGCGUGGGAUUUAUGGUGCUGCUGAACGCGCUGCUGCUGGUCCUGCUGCUGCUGGCGACGGCGACGCAGGCUGCGGAGAGACACUCCACGGAGCAUGUUGUGGUCCAGUUGCACGAGGAGGCGCCGGAGGAAGAGGCGCACCAACUUGCAGCACAACACGGCUACCAGAGUGCUCGCAAGGUGGCCUUUGGAAAGGGGCUCUACCACUUCUACCCUCAGGAUUCUUCCAAGAGGCGGAGCAAACGCAGCAUUGGAGGCAGACAGCGGCUCCAGGAAGACAGCAGGGUGAAGAACAUUCUGGACCAAGAUGGCUUUGACCGUCAGAAGCGCGGCUACCGAAGUAUAGACGACAUGGACGUGAACAUAAGUGACCCGCUGUUCACCAAACAGUGGUACCUGAUCAACACUGGCCAAGCAGACGGGACCCCCGGGCUGGAUCUUAAUGUGGCUGAGGCCUGGCAACUGGGCUACACAGGCCAAGGAGUCACCAUCGCAAUCAUGGAUGAUGGCAUUGACUAUCUCCAUCCAGACCUGGCAUCUAAUUAUAAUGCAGAUGCCAGUUAUGACUUCAGCAGCAAUGACCCCUACCCAUUUCCACGCUACACAGAUGACUGGUUCAACAGUCACGGUACCCGAUGUGCCGGGGAAGUAUCAGCGGCAGCCAACAACAACAUCUGCGGCGUGGGAGUUGCCUACAACUCCAAGGUGGCGGGUAUUAGAAUGUUGGACCAGCCAUUCAUGACGGACAUCAUCGAGGCCUCGUCCAUCAGCCAUAUGCCUCAAGUCAUCGACAUCUACAGUGCCAGCUGGGGGCCCACUGAUGAUGGCAAGACCGUGGAUGGACCCAGAGAGUUAACCCUUCAGGCGAUGGCUGACGGCGUCAACAAAGGUCGAGGAGGCAAAGGCAGCAUCUACGUGUGGGCAUCGGGAGACGGCGGUAGCUAUGACGACUGCAAUUGCGAUGGUUACGCCUCGAGCAUGUGGACCAUCUCCAUCAACUCGGCCAUCAACGACGGACGCACGGCGCUGUACGACGAGAGCUGCUCAUCCACGCUGGCGUCCACCUUCAGCAACGGACGCAAGAGGAACCCCGAGGCUGGCGUUGCCACCACCGACCUGUAUGGAAACUGCACUCUGCGCCAUUCCGGAACAUCAGCAGCAGCUCCAGAAGCAGCUGGAGUUUUUGCUCUGGCUCUUGAGGCAAACCCCGACUUGACAUGGAGAGACAUGCAGCACCUCUCAGUGCUGACCUCUAAGAGGAACCAGCUCCACGACGAGGUCCACCAGUGGAGGAGGAACGGCGUGGGCCUGGAGUUCAACCACCUGUUUGGCUACGGCGUGCUAGACGCCGGCGGCAUGGUGAAAAUGGCCAAAGAGUGGAAGACUGUGCCCGAGCGCUUCCACUGCGUCGCUGGAUCCAUCCAGGAAAACCAUAAAAUCCAGUCUGGCAACAAGCUGGUGCUGGCCAUCUCCACCGAAGCCUGCCAGGGCAAGGACAACUUUGUCCGCUAUCUGGAGCACGUCCAGGCGGUGAUCACGGUCAACGCCAGUCGCCGCGGUGACCUCAACAUCAACAUGACCUCGCCCAUGGGCACCAAGUCCAUCCUGCUAAGCCGACGGCCCCGCGACAACGACUCCAAGGUGGGCUUUGAUAAGUGGCCCUUCAUGACCACGCACACCUGGGGUGAGGACCCGCGCGGGACCUGGGUCCUGGAGGUGGGCUUCCAGGGCGACGAGCUCCAGCGCGGCGUCCUCAAGGAAUGGACGCUCAUGCUGCACGGAACACAAAGUGCCCCUUAUAUAGAGCAGAAAGUGCGCGACUACCAGUCCAAGCUAGCCAUGUCCAAGAAGGAGGAGCUGGAGGAGGAGCUUGACGAGGCCGUGGAGAGAAGUUUGAAGAGCUUGCUGAGGAAAAGCAACUGAAAAAUCCCCACCCCCUUCCACGGCCUGCAUGUGUUUCUCUCAUCGCAUCCCGUCUUGUGUAUUUUGUUCUUGCUCCCUUUCCACUCUGCUUUUUGUACUUUCAGUUCCGACCUCCAAUGAAUGUUUAACAAUAAAAGUACCGUGCAUCCUUCAGUAAUCUACUCCGAGAAACUAUCACUACUUUUACACGUUGUAGAUAAACCAAAAGGCUCCACUCUUUAAUUCUCUCGUCUCUCCUGCCAACUGUUGUACAGGUUGUACUCCAAGUUUCGGUUGACAUGUUUGUGACAUGCUCCGUUUGUCCAAACGAGGAGAGGAAUGUGUGAUUUAUUUGAAGCCUGUGCUCCUCCGUUUGAGUUUCAUAACCUUUGAUGUACACUAUAAUAAAUCUCUCCAGCUGUUUAUUAAAGCCCUCGAGUGAUUU